CUUGAAACUUUAAAAAUUUCGAAAUGAAUAAUUUUAUGUUCUAAAUUGAUGAGUUAUUACAGAAUUUUUAAAAAUGAUUCUGGAUGUAGUUAUAUAAGUUAAUGACUGGGACUGAGUUUCAUCAAAAUCUCAGUAAGGACACGUAAUCGAAGCGAUACGUUAAAAAGAUUGCGCGAAAUUAUCGAGAAGCGAUUGCUCUAAUACGAUGUACUAUCACAGCAGAGCAUAUUGCAGUACGAGUUGUCACCGCUUUCAAAAAGUUGUAUAUGUCCUAAAUAAAAUAACAGAUGAUGCUGUUUUGUAACAAUACUGGAUUAACAAUAGAAAAAAAAAGGAAUUUAUUCAAAAAUGAGACUGUUACAAGUUACGUUUAAGCCUGAUACAAAACACACUCUAGUUCUGGUUUUAUUAGUGACCAGCGUAAUUCGAUUGAUCGUCAGUUUAAGUAUGAUGUCAGUAGCCUAUUACGUCCAGUCCUCUUUCCAAGGACAAGCAUCUUUCCUUAAAAGUUACUAUAGUGCCUACACCGUGCCCUCUAUUUUGUAUACUGCCGGAAGCUUUAUCAUCGUUUUAUCUUUUUGUGGAAUAUAUCUAUCAGUGCGAUGUCAGCUGGAAGAAGGAGAAGUCAAUGCGAAGACUAUGACGCUAUUCAAGAUAUAUGUUUAUUCUUGUGUCUUUCUGGUUAUUUAUAUAUUUAUAACCAGCAUGAUUGUUUACGGUCACAUCACGAAGGUAGAAGAAGCUCUGACUCUUGGCCUAUCCUCCAGUCUCCAACAAUAUCGUCUCAGACAACAAGUCAAAAUUGUAGUGGAUAACACUCAAAUCCAUUAUUCCUGUUGUGGAGUAAAAGAUUACGAAGAUUGGUUCCGAGUGCCGUGGAUAGAUAAAAAAUUCGUUGAUCCCAAAGAACCCAACGUGGUCGAAAAAGACGGUCAGUAUUAUACAGAGAAUGUUCCGUUUAGCUGUUGUGAUCCAAGUUAUCUGGGGGAAUGCCAUAAUAACUUGGUUCGAAGCAAUAAAGCCCAUUACCAAUACGAUUAUCGAAUCAAUCUUACUUUAUUUAAAAGAGGUUGCAGAGAUGCUUUGAUGGACUUCUUGGGUGGAGUCGUUUUGAUUGGAGUUGGAUCCUUUUUCUUUAGUAGUCUGAUUUUGGAGAUAUUCGUUUGUGUGAUAAGUCGUUAUUUACAAACAUCCUCCAUCUCGGAGUGGGAGAAAAAAGAUGUGAUCCAGGGUUGGUUGAUUGAAUGGAAGAGCAAGAAAAAGAAUAAAGAGCCGGUCGUAUGGUCGGAAACCGAGUACGACUCACAAGAGUUAGAAACAGACGAGGAAAGAACCAAACGGGUUAACUUUAAGAGGAGAGACAACUGACAUCUAACAGAAUCGAAUGAUAAUCAUCCAAUUAAUGUACACAAACUUAUAUUUAAUAAAUUCAUGUAGAAAUAAGACAUUCUCGCGGAUAAUUUUGAUUAAAUCCAAA